UGGGACAUCUCCACAGAAGGACGAGUGGCGGCGGCUGGAGCUUGCCCUGUUUGGGGCUGAAGUUCCUGCAGCGCUAUGGGGGUUUGAGUGCGUGCAGCGCGCCGGGGGAGGCCAACAGCAGGGACAGGAUCGCACUACCCGGAGCAUACACAGACAGACUUGAUUAAAAUAUUUCAAGCCUAAUGGCCUCUGGCAUAAACAAGAAUCAUCAGCCCGGGACUUGCAAUGGCUCUAAAGCCGCUCGCAGCAGCUCGGCAGAGGAAUGCAAUCAGGAAAUGCACAUGAAAAUGUGCAAGAAGAUUGCCCAGCUCACUAAGGUGAUAUAUGCCCUGAACACUAAGAAUGAUGAACAUGAGGCUAGUAUACAGGCUCUGAGAGAGGCUCAUGAAGAAGAAAUUCAGCACAUUCUUGCUGAGACAAGGGAAACAAUUCUCCAGUGUAAAAGCAAAGUUGAAGAGGAACAAUUGCUGAGAAAACGUAUUCAGGCCCUUGAAAUUGCAGUAGAACAACACAAGAGACUAAAGGAAGAAGCCUUGGCAGAGUUAACAUUGUGCAAGAAGCAGGUGGAAGAGAGGGAGCCGAUAACAGAAGCAAAACAAGCACAGAUGGUCCUUUCUACAGACACAGUAGAUACCAAUGCAGACUUUGAAAACAAGCUUCUACAUUUAAAUCAGGAGUCUGAUGGACUGCUAAAUGAAUGCAAAGCAUCUAGGAGAGCAUAUUUAGGUAAAAAAGUAAUUUUAAAUGAAAAAUACAGUGUGGAAGGACAAGCUCUAAUAAAUGAGAUGGGAAACCUCAAGAGUGACAACCAGAGAGCAACUGAAGAAUACACUCAGAAAACAAGCAAACUGCAAGCCUCUUAUGAGACAGAAAAAGAGGAUUUGAAAAAUGCUAUGCAACAAUCUGUGAUAGAAACAAAGAAGAAUUGUCAGCAAAGAGAAAUGGAGCAAAGGAAGAGCUCAGAGGCUGAGGAAGGUUUUUUGCUGCAGCAGGUAAAGAAGCUGGAGGCAGACCUAGAGGAGAAAAGCCAGAAGAUAAAUGAGAGGAAGAAGCAUUCCCAGAAGCUGGAGGAGAGAAUACAGGAGCUCCAAACACAGCUAGAGGAAUUUAAAAGAAAAUCUCAGUGUGAACUAAAGCAACUAGAGAAAGAGAAAGAAGUCCUAACUGGGAAACUUCAAAACUCUUCACUUGAGGUGGCUCAGCUGAAGCAAAUAUUAGAUCAACAAGCAAAUAAUUUCAAGGAGUCACUGAAGAAACAUAAUCUGCAAUCCAACAAAGAAAAAGAGAAGCUUUUGCAGGAUCUUCAAAACACCAUUAAAGAAAACCAGAAUGUUAAACUGCAGCUGGAGACAUCACAUGAAAAAGUCUUAAAAAUGUUGGAGAAAAGCAAAAAUCAGGAACUCAAGGAGGCAGAAGAACGUUUGAAAAAGGAAUUUAAUGAGACUUUCAAGAUCCAACAUCAGUCUCAUAGGCUGGAAGUACAAACCUUGGAAGAGAAAGCAAAGAAAGAAUUACAUGAUGAACUCGAGCAGAUACAGAAGCAGCAAACGCUGUUGCUAGGAUCUCUAAGGAUGGAACUCUCUGAGCAACAGACAUUGUGCACUAAUCUCAAGAAACAAAUAGAAGAGCUCCAAAUGGAGCUGGGGAGUGUGAGGACACUGAAGAAGCAACAGGAAGGAAGCAGCCAGAACCAGAUCAGAUCUCUUCAUGAUGAACUGGAAAAAUGUCAGAGUGAAAUUUCUGAACUCAAGAAAGAGAAUUUACUUUUGAAGGACACAAUGGAGCUACUCAGUGCUGAGUUGGAGUCGCAGAAGCAAGAAGCUGCACAGCUUCAGGAUAGGGAGAAACAGCACAGAAGUGAAAGGCUACUGGUAGAAGACCUCAAUAUCAAGCAUAAAAAAGAACUGGACAUACUGAGACAAGAUCACCGGAAGGAAAUCAAAAACAUACUAUCUGAUUUCAGCAACACUUGGGCACAUCUCCAAGGAAAGAUUUGCUCCUUAGAAACUGAACUUAAAGAAUUAGAAGAAAAAUCAAGAAAGUGGGAGUCCAGAUCAGAAGAUACACACCUUAUAAGCUGUCUGCAAGACAAAUUAAGUGAGAGAGAAGAGAUUAUCAAGCAGCUGGCGGAAGGAAGAAAAUGUCAACAUUCACUUUUAGCCAACACUGAAUCUUACAGGAAUCGAUCAUUUUCUUUCAACCCUAAUACAGGAUGCUUGACCCCUUCCAUGAAGCAGAAGAAGAAAACGGUUGAGGUGCCCAGUCGUGUUGUCAGUGUUCCGAAUUUAGCUUCCUACGCAAAGAGCUUUUUGAGCUGUGACUUGAGAUCAAAAAGAAGUGCUCCUCAAAUAACAAAAUCUCCAAGCUUAGACCGGAGUCCUGGCUGCCUCAGGGUGAGCUCUCCAUCAGCACAGUCCUCAGACAGCAGUGCUGCCACAAGGACACAUGGCAAUGAACUACCACAAACCAAAGAUGACCCAAAACAAGACCCUCAGGAUCAAGAAUGGUUUACUAAAUAUUUUUCAUUUUAAAGCAAACUAUUUCCA